AUGAAUUCCACAAUCUUUGAAGGUGCAAGCGAAAAGUUCCUGCAGUGGUUCAAUUCCCUGCCUGGUUCAACAUUUUCUGAUGACAUCAAAAUUGUCGACCUGCGUGAUCGCAACGCUGGUCGCGGAAUAAUAGUUGCUCUCAAGGACAUACCCGCUGGAACAACUUUGUUUACUAUCCCCAGAAAUGGAAUUAUCAACACAGAGACGUCGGAACUUUCUAAGAAAAUCCCAGAUGUGUUCGACCUUGACAAACCUGACGAGGAUGAUGUUCCUGGGUUGGACUCUUGGAGCUCUCUGAUUCUCAUCAUGAUUUACGAAUAUCUCCAAGGAGACAACUCACAAUGGAAGCCUUACUUUGACGUGCUUCCUUCAUCUUUCGACACACCCAUGUUUUGGUCGGAGAGUGAGCUUGAUCAAUUACAAGCCAGUCACAUGCGACACAAGAUUGGCAAGGCGGAUGCGGAGAAUAUGUUCAAAAAGACUCUUGUUCCCAUCAUUCGAAGCAACCCAACCAUCUUCAAUGCCGAGAGCAAAAGCGAUGAAGAGCUUGUUGAGAUUGCUCACCGAAUGGGCAGCACCAUCAUGUCGUAUGCGUUUGACCUUGAAAGUGACGAGGAGGAAGAGGAGGAGACUGAGGAAUGGGUUGAGGAUCGUGAUGGAAAGUCGAUGAUGGGCAUGGUACCUAUGGCGGAUAUUCUGAACGCUGAUGCUGAGUUUAAUGCGCACGUCAACCAUGAGGAAGAGAGUCUUACUGUUACCAGCUUGAGACCUAUCAAGGCGGGAGAAGAAAUCCUCAACUACUAUGGACCUCAUCCCAACUCGGAGCUGUUGAGAAGAUAUGGAUACGUCACCGAAAAGCAUUCUCGUUAUGACGUGGUCGAGAUCCCUUGGGACGUCGUCGAGUCGGUCUUGACCAAUUUUGGCAUUUCAAGCCAAAUCUUGGAGCAAAUUCGUGGUGUGUUUGAAGAGGAAGAAGAAUUUGAGGAUACAUUUGUCUUGGAACGCGAAACAGGCGAGGUCAACUCGGAUGGUACCUUUGCUGAACCUGCCAAAUUCGAAGGCAUGCCCGAAGACCUCCAAGAACAACUCAAGUCAUUCCUCAAGGGUAUCAAGAAAGCACAGCCAGAUGCUAUAGCCGACAAGAGAAAAAGGGACGAGAUUCACCAAGCUGUACUGGUCAAGACGCUGGAGGCCCUCGCAGCGAAAUACCCAACAAGCAUUUCAGAGGAUCAGAUUCUACUGAACAGCCAGAACCUUGACCAACGAGCUCGCAUGGCCACUGUAGUCAGACUUGGGGAGAAGAAGCUGCUUCAAGAAGCCAUCGCCACGUUCUCUGAGGAUGUCGAGAUGACAAUGGAUGAUGAGUCUGGCCCAGCAAAGCGUACAAAGCGAUCAGGCUGA